AUCAGAUCACUAUUACUCCUCAGACUCAGAGAGCACUGACAGUGACAACCCGGAUAAAUUUAAAGCUAGAAAAAAAUGGCACACCACAAACGCACACUGUCAGUUUCUCUGCCGGUUCUGAUGAUGAUCGUAAUGACGGCGUCGGUGGAAGCUCGUAAUCUCCUCGAAGCCGACGACCUUCCGGAUAAUGAGCCUGAUCUUUCAGAGCCCCAACAACCCGUAGAAUUGCCCCAUUUUCCUUCUCUUCCUCAGCCGACGUUUCCGUCACUGCCGCAGCCGCAGCUGCCGUCUUUACCGCAGCCGGAGCUGCCUUCUCUGCCCAUUCCGCAGCUGCCGGAGUUGCCUUCGCUGCCCAUUCCACAGCUGCCGGAGUUGCCUUCGCUGCCCAUUCCGCAGCUGCCGUCGUUGCCUUCGCUGCCUAUUCCACAGCUGCCGUCGUUUCCUUCCAUUCCUAUAUUUCCAAAUCCAUCAUCACUUGCAGCAUCCAAAGCAUCUCGGAAGCCAUAAAUAAGGACCGAUUUCCACCUUGGCUAGCUUCUAUCUUGCUGCCCGGAUUGUGUCUAAUCUUUAAUAUUCUCUUGCUUUUACUUUUAAUUAAAGAUCUUUAUCUGUGCGGCCAUGUAUGAAUACACUAUUGCAUGCUUCUUUUAAUUACAAACUGCUUAAUUUACUUUGUAUGCAUAUGAUAUAUAAUAUCCAAAUAACUAUGAGUUAGUUCGACCAC